AAUGUGCGUGCGUGGGUGCGGGAGGGGCCGACGUGCAGGCGGGGCGCCGUCGCCUUGGCCACUCCUCGCCUCUUUUUUUUUUUCCGCCUAGGCUGAACCAGCCAGGCGGCUGAAAAGGAACGAAGCAGGCGAGGAGCCGGGCCUGGCGCGGUGCGAAGGGGUAGGUCUCGGCGCCCCCCUCCCCAGCGCCCUCCCCUCCCCCCUCGGUGGAGGCCGCCGCGGCGCAGCGGGGGCGCGAAGGGUGCCGCUGCCGCCUGGGCCUGAAACAAGAUGGCGGCCCCGGGCGAGUACUUCAGUGUGGGCAGCCAGGUGUCGUGCCGGACUUGCCAGGAGCAGCGGCUGCAAGGCGAGGUGGUGGCCUUCGACUACCCCAGCAAGAUGCUGGCGCUCAAAUGCCCUUCUUCAAGUGGCAAACCUAACCAUGCAGAUAUCUUGCUUAUAAACUUACAGUACGUUUCAGAAGUGGAAAUAAUUAAUGAUCGCACAGAAACGCCCCCACCUCUAGCUUCACUCAAUGUUAGCAAGCUUGCGAACAAAGCACGGAUGGAGAAGGAAGAAAAGCUGAGCCAGGCAUAUGCAAUUAGUGCUGGGGUCUCUUUGGAAGGACAGCAGCUCUUCCAGACUAUACACAAGACCAUUAAAGAUUGUAAAUGGCAAGAGAAGAAUAUAGUUGUGAUGGAAGAAGUUGUCAUUGCCCCUCCAUACCAAGUGGAAAACUGUAAAGGCAAAGAGGGGAGUGCCCUCAGUCAUGUACGCAAAAUAGUCGAGAAACACUUUAGAGAUGUUGAAAGCCAAAAGGUGAUGCAGCGUUCACCAGUCCAGCCAACACAGAAGGAAAGCGCCCUCUCAUCCUGAGUCCUGCCUGCCCUUCCUGGUUGCGACAGAUUGCUCCUGCAGGGGGUGGGGGUGGGGGGGAACCCUUCGAACACGCAGCAGCAGCAGCAGAUGACAGACUUCUUCAAAAAGAGGUCGGGGGAGGGCAGGGGGGUUCCACUUCUAUUUUGUGGUGGUCCUGUAAUGAUGGGACCCACAGCUUCCGAACUUUAGACUUCAAAAACAAGAGAAUAAUUUAAACACUCAUUCAUUACUUGACUAACAGACUCUUCCUUUUUGCCCACCAGGUUUCCCCCUAGAGCAGUCAGCUGUCUUGUCUUUGAGUUUUUCUCCCUCCCAGAAGUUUUUUUAGCUUUACUGAAAUUGAUUCCAAACCACCCCCUUUUUCCUCCUGUACCAUAGGAGAAUUCAGCUCCCCAGCAUCCUAUCAAAAACAAAAUAGAGAAAAGAGUAUAACAUGCUGACUGUGGUAAUAUAAUUGGGGACCUUAAAUGUGUGACUGGCUGUUUUUGGUUUUGGUUUGCACAGGGCAAGGCUUGAAUUAGCCUUAUUUUUCUUAUCUCAAAAUAUAUAUAUAAUAAAUAUAUAUAUAAAAUGUCCUUUAAAUAUUUUCUGCUCCUUGCAGUACUCUGAACUGGGAUCAUGGCAAAAAGACACAUAAUGAACAAACCUUCUGCAGUUAGUGUUAUGUAUAACUCUAGUGGUCAGACCUACUGAAACUGGGUUUGGUGGUGGGCCAUACCUGGGGAACAGGACAUAACUCGAGUUGCAGACUUCCACCUCAUGUUUUCUUCACAACUAGGGCUUGUAUGUAGGCUUCCAGAAAUCUGAGCUCUGGUAGUAUCUCGGGAUUGGCACUGCUCCUGCCUCUCACCUUACAGUAAUAUUGGAGCCGUUUUGCUUUCCCCAAAGGGCUGGAAGACUGAUGAUAAUGUCCUCAAUUCAUGUACAACUCUGUUCAGGUAGCUUGGGCAGAGCAUAAGUAAUGAUGCUUUUGACCCUUUGUGACCCAAUCUGGGGUCAGUGGGGGACAUGAAGGGGCUUGUUUAGGUACACCCAUGGCUGUGCUCAGCCCCAAUCUAUUACACUGGCCCUCUCUCCUCCCACCCCACUGUUUGUUCGUACAGCAAGAAGAAUAACCUCACUAUACGUAUUUCUCCAUGAAUAAACUAUUGGAGAGGAGGUGGUAUGAUAGAUGACCCUCACUUGGAAUGUUUGCUACAUUGCUCCUUUUCUUCAGCAGUGUAAGUGAAUCUCCUUGCAAUCAAAUGGGCCACUUCUCCACCUGAAUAAAAUGUGACUCAAGCAGGCAUGGCAUGUGCCAUUUGAAUCCUUCCAGUAGUACACAGCUGUGACUCGAGUCAUUUGAAGUGCCACUGUUAUUUAAAAUGGCAGUUUGCGAUUACUCUUCUAUAGUGAUAAGUGGCAUAGCAGUCAUUGUUUGGAGGAUUCAAAUAUGGUGCUGUGCUACUGCUCUUUAGUGGAGGGAGAAUCCCCCCCUCUUUCUGCGGUAAUAUUACUUGCAGACUACUGCUCACUCUCCAGGAAGCUUUGCCCAUGUCUGAAAUUCUAUUGCAUGUGUUUAGACCAUAUUGCUGUUGCUUGUCAACCUUAAUCUCAAAAAUCAUAGCCAGGGGUGUGGCUUCAGUUUUAUUGCAUUUUUCUGAUGAGCAUCUCCAAGGCUGUCUCCUCUCUCCAUCCUCUCUAAACAGCAUUGCCUUAGAAAUAUAUUGUGGGGAAUCAAUGAAGUAGGUUUUGACUCAAAGAAAGAAAAGGUGAGGUUACAAAGCAUUUUUUUUUUUUUGCCAUGAUCUCUUCUCCCCUCCCCCUUUUUUUUAAACAAAUGGAUCAAAAUUUAAAUAAUUCAAGCCCUGCCUUUCAGAAUGGAGGGAAAUUUUUUUUUAGUAUUGUCUAGCAAAACCAAUAAAAACCCAAGAUUUUUUUAACCAUCAAA